AAGGGAAAGAAAGGCAAAGGAAAGGAUUCAAAAGAAAAAGAUGAAGACGGAGAGGGCGGUGGCGAUGGAGACGGUGGUGGCGGAGGAAAGAAGGGGAAGGGGGGGAAAGGCAAAGGAAAAAAGAAAGGAGACGGCGAUGGAGAUGGAGAGGGAGAGGGAGGGGGUGGUGACGAAGAUGGAGGAGGAGGCGGAGGAAAGAGCAAAGGGAAGGGCAAGAAAAAGAAGAACAAAAAGGGUGGAAAGGAUAGCAAUGAAGUGGGUCUUCCCAAAUACGCAGCGGCUGGAGGUGCUAUUGGGGGUAUUGUGGGCACUGGCAGUCAAACCAUCAAAAAGGGUGCAAUGAGUGGGAUAGCCCGUGCACUGGACGACAGGUUCGCUACGAUGGACCUCUUGGGUAACCCGCAUAUGGGUGUACCCGAGGAUAUGAUCGGACACAUCCGGAUGUGUGCGCAAUUCAUAUACGGGGGAAUUCACAACUUGUUUUUCCUGCUCAUCCGAUACCCGCUUAAGAUCUUAUCGAAAGCCAUUCUGUUGACGGGAGCCCUGUCCUUCAUGGCCACGUAUGCCAACUGGUGCGCCAAUCCCAUCGCGUGGAUGGACUUCACGAGCGAAGGCAAGAAAGUGAACGCUCACAUCGAAAACCUCGCCAAGUUCAAGGAGGAGUUCAAGGGUCGUGUCAUUUGGACCAUCGACAAGGCCAGGCAGGAGGACAAACAGAUGUACCUGUGCUGUGCACUUCAGGAUUACAAGAAGAAGGUGUUCGCGGAAGUGCCCGAAUCGCUCGACUACCUCCAGAGCUAUAUGACCCGACUGUACAAACUCUGC